AUGAACCAAAUCGAUUAUACGACAACGUCACCACGCUUUUCAGUGACUAAUAACAAAGAAUUAGAUGAAGGCUUAGCCUAUUUGAAUGAACAUGGUUAUGUUGUUAUUAGUGAUGUUAUGAGUCAAGAUGAAGUUAAUAUGAACAAAGAGUUAUUAUGGAAAUUUAUCGAAAACGUUUCUAAUGGUACCAUCAAACGUGAUGAUCCAGAAACAUGGUCAAAUCAAUGGCCAUCUUUCAGUUCUCAUGGUGUUAUCAGUGGAUUUGGUAUUGGCCAAUCAGAGUUUUUAUGGAGUGUUCGAUCGAAUCGCCAAGUCAAAAAUAUUUUUGCCCGUUUAUGGAAUACGCGUCAAUUGCUUGUAUCAUUCGAUGGAUGUGGUGUCUUUCGAGACUGGCGUUACAAUUCGACUUGGAAAACAAGUGGCGGUUGGAAUCAUGUAGAUCAAAAUCCAAAAUUGAAGCCCGACCGUUGUUGUGUUCAAGGUAUUGUGUCAUUGACUGAUCAAAAUGAACGAAUAGGUGGUCUUAUUGUUUAUCCACGUACACAUUUACGGUUUACUGAAUUAUGUGAUGUAACCAAGAAAUCGAACGAUUUUGUUCAAGUACCUUCUGAUCAUGCGAUUAUGGAUCAAGGACGAACACGUGGUAAACUUGUUCAUUGUCGUGCGGGUGAUCUUAUCCUUUGGGAUAGUCGCCUUAUUCACUGUAAUUCACCUGCUACUGCUAUCGAGGAACGACGCCCAGACGAGCACGUUGACCUAUUACGUAUUGCUGUAUAUGUAAGUAUGAGUCCAACGACAUUCGUCCAUGAUCAAACACUUGAUGAGUUUCGAGAAAAACGAAAACAAAUGGUAGAAAAUAACUACACUCUGACACACUGGAGUACUGAAUUGGCUGUAUCACUUGGCAAUCAUACUGACCUACCUAAAUUAUCAUUGGAUACGUUCGGUGCUUAUCAAAAAGCUUUAAUUUUCGGUACCAACGACGAGAAUGAUGAAUGA